UUUUCCACGUCUUUUCCCAAUUCGCCUCGCCUCGCCUCGCCGAGCAUGCUUGAUCAGAUGGCCGCAUCAACCCAGCAGCAAGAGUGGCGGCGAUCUCCCAUAGGAAUCACGCCGCUGUCAGUGCGACCUAGGGCAGGGCAACGGCGCGUGAAGAAAUAUGAUGUAAAGGGUGCUGCUGUUGCUGCAGAUGUCUCUGGGGCUGAAGCAUCUCCUCUCAUGGCUGCAGGGGUGCAGGGGAAGAAGGACGCAAAAGACAAAGACAACGAGCUGAGGGUUGUUGUUCCCGUCAGAGCAGGAGCGGAAGGACAGGGUGCGACGCUGGCAGCGGCGGGAGCGGGGCGGGGAGGCCGAGUUUGCUCCGUCUGCGCCCGUGCCUCGGCGGACUACUCUUGCCCGAGGUGUCUCGUUGGAUACUGCUCUUCCAAGUGCUACAAGGUGCACGGGUCGGGCUGCACGGAGGCGUUCUUUCGCGGGCACGUCGAGCGCGAGACUCGGCUCAGAGAGGGCGACGAAGUCGAGCGCGGUAGCGGCGUCAAGGGUCCCAAGGCGGGACGGCGGGCGAGCAUGGUGGAGGUUCUGAGACGCAUCCGGCUUACGGACCGGGGUGGCGACGGCAACGGUGGUGCCGGCCCUCACGCCGAGGAGGGGGAGGUCGGUGAGGAUGAGGACGGGGAGCUAAUGUUCCAGCCGGAGCGGCUGGACGCGCUGGCGCUGGCACUGAAGGACCGCGGCCACGCGCUGCCGGUGAAAUCUUCUUCUUUCUCCGCCGACAGUCCUUCCACCGCCGCUGCUGCUGGUGCUGCUGGUGCUGCUGCUGCUACUGGUGCUGCUGCUUCCACAACCGCCUCCAGCGCGAACACCGUGAUCGUUGACCCCGCCGCCGUUAAGGUUAACGCUUCUCGCGGUUCCAAGAUCGGCCGAUCAUUGCCCUCCUCCUCUAACUCCUCCUCCUCCUCCUCCGACGCACGGGCGCCUUCCUCUUCGAACCGUCGCGGUGUGGUAGCGGGCGGGGGAGGGGAGCUGCCCAGGAGGGGCAGCCGGAGGGCGCAACAGGAGGCGAGGGCGGGUGGGGAUGCAGUAAAGGCGAGGCCGGGCGGUUUUGAAGACAGUCGGGUGAAGGAACGCGAACAGCAGCAGCAGCAGCGGCAACGGCGGCGUCUAGUCGACAACGGCGACGAUGACGGGAUACUAGGCCUACUGACGGAGGAGGAGAAGGGGAGGUUCUUCAGGGAGGUGGCCAGCGGGCGGCUGGGGAAGCUGAUCGUCCCGUGGGUGCCCUGGUGGACCCAGGCGGCCGGGGUGCAGGAAGUGGCCCCGAUCACCGCCGGCGGACGCACGAGCCACUCGUUGCCGCCGCCCGUCGUCGACCCCUGCCGCCAUCACAAACACCACGCAGUGUGCUCGUCUUUCGGGACCCCGUCAUCAGGGGCUCCGGGGUCUUCCCCUCCGACGCGACCUUCUACCCCGGAGCAGUCGUCGUCGUCGUCUGGUCCAGGGUUCCCCGCAAGCCGCAGAGGUACGGCGGCGGCGGCAGCAACUGGCGACGAGGAGGAGGAGGGCUCGUCGUCGUCGUGCACGCGGCACUCGUUCGCGGCGCUGCUGAGCCAGGCCUUCCAGGCCCCUGGGUUCUCCACGAUCAACGCGAGGGAGCCGUCUCCGACCCUUCCGGCCCUCGCCACCGACCUCGCAUACGCAUACGUGCUCACCUCGAGGCUGUACAACGGCUGCUGGUGCUCGGACCCUGUGGGAGCGUCGCUCGCCCUCGUCGGGGCGUCCCCUGUCCUGAAGGACGGGGCGACGCCUGCCACGGCGGGGGAGGCACUCGCGGCGUGCGUCGAGCGAGCGUUGGAGGGAGAACGGUCCGGGUUCAGGGGCUACGCGGAAUCGCUCCGACAGGACGUGCUCCAGGUGUGCAGUGACCCCCGCAAGCUCAUCUGCGCGUUCCAAGACGCGUGGGUGAUGCUCGAGGCCGCCGGUCGCACGCUCGCCCCUUCCAUGGCCAAGUCCUUCCUGCCCGCCGCCGGCCGGAAGGCGCAGCGCAAGGCGGCGCGGGAGCUGGGCAAGGUGGAGAAGCGCAUCGGGUACUUCUUGCUGUGGGCGCGCACCCACGGGGAGGAAGUCUCGCCGCAGAUGAUGAGGGACGUGGAAGCCGCCGUUGCUCCGGCCGCUGAGCAGCAACGAGGGAUCAGGAUGGCUGCGUGAAAGGCAGUGUGGGGGAGUUGGUGUCCGUGUUGGGAGCAGCUGUUUGAGGCUGCUGCUGCAGCGCGAAUAGAGCGAGAGCACCGGUGUAACAAUAAGAGGUAUUUUCAAAGAAGAGGCGGGCAUUGAUGACGGCGUGGGGCAGCGGGGGUUUGAAGCCACGCCACCUCCGUGUUGGCGGAAGGUAUUUUAUUCUAUUCACGCGUGUGCGAGAACGGCGGUGGGUCGUUAUGUUUGUAUUUUUAGCUACAAGCUUUGUUGAGGAGGCUUCCCGGGUGGCAGCUGGUGAGAAGGCGAGUUGCAGAGACACCGAUAAGAGGAGUGUCAUUGUGUACGUGGCGGCGCUCAAGGAGUUGCGCAUCAUCGUUGGAUGUUUUCAUGGGCAGGAAUGGAUCUCAUAUCUUACAGCACCGACAUUCCGUUGUUUUUUUUUCAGGGAGAAAGAGCUGGACUGGCGUAUGCCGACUGUGCUAGAAGCUAGCCUCGAUGGUAUUGCUGUCUCUAGUUUGAAAAAUAUGCCGUAGGACAGGCAGGACCUUUCAGUUUUGUUCUGUCGAACUCCAAGUGUCCCCUCCGGGUCCUGAAUUGGUGCUUGGAAGAUGCCGGUGGUGAUUGGCGCCUUGGAGCAGUGAUGGUUGCACACAUUGUGCAUGCUUUCGUGAGCUUUUGGCUUGGGGAGCGACAUCAACAGGUCUUUUUGCCUCGGUUCCGCUGCCGCCGGUCCUAGCUUGUUAUCGGGGCGUAGAUGGUACGUGGAUAAUGUCGUGGUGAUGACAUGUGUUGGUUUCGUGUUUCAAGUCGUUUGUUUUUGACAAGUUACCGCACAAAACGUAAGUGAACAAAUUGUUAUGCUUGGACCUACUGCAGCCCUCCUUAACGUUUUUCUUCUUUUUUUAUAGUUUUUGUUGUGUUAUUUUUCGACUUUUUUUGCGGCACCGUGUUGGCAGCGUGGGUACUUGGUGGGUAGCUGUUCUCUCCUUUUCUAGGCCCCACGUCUUAACCAGCGGGGGAACUCUAUUUUGUUACGGGGUGUCAAUUGAGUCGCUUUGCGCGGGGCGCGGGUUGUAGUUGUCUCGUGCACGUCGGGGUCCUGCGGCUCCCGCCGGUUCCGCUCGUGCGUUUCUGGGCAUGGCAUGAACUAGUAGAUGCCCGUCUGGCGAUAAGCGCGUUGUGGGAAGUGAUGGUGGGUGCAGAGCGGGGUAUCCUUGCCGCGACAGCUCUUUUGUGGUGUUGAACACGGACAGCAGGCACUCCUCGUUGUGAAAGAUUCUACAUGGCUCCUCUAGAGAGUGAUCAUAGUUUGGGGUAAGAGAGGGGACGCAGACAGCGAGGGACGAUCGUUUUGGCAGCUACAGAUAUCUACCGCCAGGCGCCAGGACGGACUCGUUUUUUUUUUCGCACGCGAUCGAUGGGUAGGUCGUAAUGGCCACAACUUUCGCCUUCUAUGUAAGCGUUGGCACGGGCCUUUUCUCUUGGUUGCGUUGUGUUGUUUUUUUCAAUUUAUGCACAGCGUUCGUGUGUGUAUGUGGCUAUCGUCCAUCAUCCUCAGUGUGUGUUACUGGAUUUUUUGCACGAAAACCUUUGGGUCGACGUGGCGUUUUUGGACGGGAUGUUGGCUGAUGGCCCCGAGAACGGCAGGCAGGCGGAGAUGUCCGAAAAAUUGGGUUUAUUGUAAGUGCCACCCUACAUGUAGGUUUGUGGUGAUGUUGGAGGACCGUCCCACAGUACCUAUUUGGCGGCGUUUGCACAGCGUGAGAACCAGCGAGAAGAGAGUCGCGGACUCAGCACCCAAUGGAUGUGGACGUUGUAGAGCCGAAGACAAAUCAUGAAACGUUUUUGUUUGUGUUCUGUUGUGCAUUUUUUGUUUUGUUUAUUUCGUUCCUGUCUGUGUGCAAAGGGGCGGCGGCGUUGUAACGCAUGGUUUUUCCCGACCAAACCAUGUUGGCUGGGUUGACCAGGCAAUUGUGCCUGUCAUAAUAAAAGGUGCCAGUAGUGAACUAGGUGUGACAGCUGGAGGGGGCGGCGGGCGAUGGAACAGGCGGUAGGCGGCAGCCGACGAGCGGGUAUGACUAAUCCGUCCCCGGGGGUGCAAUGUGCAAUGUCGUACCUGAUGCUGGAGGGUGUGGUGUCGAGAGGGCUCGGGUAUGCUUUCUUCGCGGUUCAUGUUGUUUGGCGAAGAAGGUAGCAGAUACAUUGCCUCGCGCUUUGGCUGAAGUGAAUGUAGCAGCCCUUGGUGGAGCCCUUGUGCCGUCAAUUUUGUCGGCAACAUGACGGAAUGUAGUGCAUUGCGCCUCCUGCGGAAGGCUAACAUAGAGGAGUUGGUGAAGCGUGAGUGAGUGUGGGCAGAAGCUUGAGUUCAUGUCACGACCGUUAAUAUGUUGGGUGCGGUGAAGUCGGUGACUCUCGCCCUUGUAGCCACUGUUGUUGGCCGUACGAGAAAAGAAACAGUUUCCCCGACGGCGGCAAGGGUUGACUGACCCGAACUGUGCCUCCAGGUGUUGUACAUUUUUCUCCAUGUUUCUUGUAAAUCGUGUGUUUGGGACACAUCAAUACCAGUAUCGUUUGUGUACUAGAUAUUCACGAAACACGGUUUUAUUGUGUGGCAAGGCAGCAAGGGUUGACACCCGACAUGCCCCGAGGUGUCUUGGAUUUUAUUCUCGCUUUGCGCUGUCGCCUUUCUGGGCGAUGCGCCUUGAACGCGCGCCAGCAAAUCUGAUUGUUGCAGAAAAACGGUUCGCUGUUCACUGCAUGCUUGGGGGGAUCAUGAGACUCGGCUGUCGGCCUUGUCUUGCAGCAAAAAGAGCGUGCACGCCGGAGAUACAUGUGUAGGGUAGAACGAGGGGGAAAACCUUAGGUUUGGUUUUGGUCCACUUUGAAACUGUUUUCAAUCAUUUGUUUGUGUUUGUUGUGUGUUGUCGCGCCGCUGCGAUGCCUGUUGGCGCGAAUACAUGACCUUUCUAGUCUGGUCUUAAAGGGAGCAGGGGAUUCAGCGCAGCCCUUGCCGCACAGGUUCGACCCCUGCACAGCAGUACCUUGGGUGGUCUCGAGUGCU